AGUCUAGUCAUCAUGAUGGUUUCUGUUUUCGUACUGUGUGUUUUGACUGUAGUGUAGGUGUUGUAGAGGUAUUUGUCCUGCUGUAGUGCACUCAUCUUGUUGUAUGGUCUCGGCUGUGUCUGAUAAUCUGCUCGUCUGUGUUGUCGUGCUGAAAUGAGUGAUGUUGUGGAGAAAACUCUCACUGCUCUGCCGGCUUUAUUUGAUUCUCAAACUGGAGCUGCUAAAAUCACCAACAGAUUAAGACAGCUCAUCAAGAGCAUCACAGAACUGACAUCUAAACAUGAGGAGGAGAACCUCAUCAAACAGGAGCUGUCUGCCAUGAAAGAGCAGGUUUCAUCUCCCAACACCACCAUGAAGCAGAUGAGAGAGAUCAUGGUGCGAGCCAUGUACUGUGAGAUGCUGGGCUACGACGCCUCCUUCACCUACAUUCACGCCAUCAAACUGGCCCAGCAGGGCGGCGUGCUGGAGAAGAGAGUGGGGUACCUUGCAGUGUCUCUUUUCCUUAAUGAAGGCCAUGAAUUGUUGUUGCUGCUGGUAAAUACAGUAUUAAAAGAUCUUCAGAGCACUAACCUCAUUGAAGCGUGCAUGGCGUUGACUGUCGUAGCUCAGGUGUUUCCCAAAGACAUGAUACCUGCUGUCCUUCCUCUGGUAGAAGACAAGCUGUCACAUCCAAAGGAGAUCAUUCGGAGGAAAGCCGUCCUGGCGUUGUAUAAGUUUUAUCUUAUAGCUCCAAAUCAAGUCCAGCACAUUCAUGCCAAGUUUCGAAAGGCCCUGUGUGACAAAGAUCCGGGUGUCAUGACAUCUUCCUUACAUAUUUACCUACAGCUGAUCAGGGAGAGUCCAGACAGCUAUAAGGACCUGACAGGUAGUUUCGUCACCAUCCUGAAGCAGGUGGUGGGUGGGAAACUCCCGCUGGAUUUUAACUAUCACAGUGUUCCUGCACCGUGGCUGCAGAUCCAGCUGCUCAGGAUCCUCUCGCUGCUCGGGAAAGAGGACCAAAGCACCAGCGAGCUGAUGUAUGAAGUUCUGGAUGAGUCUCUGCGCAGAGCGGAAAUGAACCACAACAUCACUUACGCAAUCCUGUAUGAGUGUGUGAAGGCUGUCUACACUAUACACCCCAAAGCUGAGCUGCUGGAAAAAGCCGCGAGAUGCAUUGGGAAUUUUGUUCUGUCUCCGAAGAUCAACCUCAAAUAUCUUGGUUUGAAAGCCUUGACGUAUGUCGUCCAGCACGAUGCUAAACUCGCCCUGCAGCAUCAGAUGACCAUUAUUGAGUGUUUGGAUCACUCAGAUUUCACUAUUAAGAGAGAGACUCUUGAAUUGCUGUUCAGGAUCACAAAUGCUCAGAAUGUGACCGUGAUCAUUGAGAAGAUGCUGGACUUCCUGCGCAGUUGCAACGACGAGCACACCAUCAUCCAUCUGGUUGGGAAAGUCGCAGAGCUCGCUGAAAAGUUUGCUCCAGAUAACUCAUGGUUCAUUCAGACGAUGAAUGAUGUUUUUUCCAUCGGUGGAGAUUUGCUGCAACAAGACGUCCCAAACAACUUCCUGCGACUGCUGGCGGAGGGCUCUGAGUCUAAAGAGGAAGAUGAUCAGCUACGGCUUUAUGCUGUUGACUCGUAUCUGACUGUGCUGAAGGGACACACUUCUCAUCUGCCCCAGUGCUUCUUACAGGUCAUGAGCUGGGUGCUUGGAGAAUACGCUCACCUCCAAGAGUCCGUGGACCAGCGCGAGGUCAUCCAGUUCCUGACGCAGCUGCUGGAUCAGAGAAGCGUGAGCUCGGAGACACGGGUCUGGAUUCUUUCUGCGCUGACCAAGAUCUCUGAGGGCCAGACAGACUUGAUUCUGGACCUGGCUGAGAGUCUUUCGUCCUCCCAGGACACGGUGCUCCGUCAGCAGGCCCAGGAGCUGCGGCACCUCAGCCAGGACUCACAGCUCCAUGAGUGGGCCCUGCCCCGUGGAGCACCCUGGGACAGCAUAGAGGUAGCAGGCCUGAUUGUUUUUCCCUAUUAUGACAAUUCCAGCACUCUGAUUCUUGAGGGUGUAAAGAGAGUUUGGGGGAAAGAUGGGUAUCUUCCACAAAAAGAAGCAACAGCACCUCUGGUGGAUGAACCCAGUGCUGCAGUUCAGCCCCCCGGCCAACACGAGGCAGCAGAGAGAAUAGAGUCACGGCCGGAGCCCUCAACGCAAAACCAGGACAAACAGCAGCUGGCUUCCUCUUUGUUUGUUGGUUUGGGAGUCGGGAGCUCCAUGUCUCUGCUGGGGAAAUCCGAAGCUCCGCCCCCUUGCUUUAGAAAAAAGCCCCGCCCACACGAGUCACCAUCAUCAUCAUCAUCAUCAUCAGGCACCAGCGAGAGGUCUUCCGACUCCUCCUCUCGUAACACGACCGACAGCUUCCUGUACGGCAGUUUGCUGGAGGAGGAGCCAGCCACGGCCAUAUCCGCUUUUGACCACACCCCCAAAUCCACCACAGCCAAUGGCCUGGCUCAAAACAAAGACACUAAAGAAGACAGACGUGCAAACACGUCUCAGAUAUUAGGUGGCGAUAUGGUUAUAGUGCGGCCCAGUACAAUCCAGGACAAACAUCCUCCAUCCGUGUCUUCAGAUCUGACCGCGCUGUUACCCGCUGACCUCAAAGACCUACCUCACUCUGAUGUCAUCAGCCUGACCUCUGACCCCAGCCUGUCUCUGUCCUCCUGCCGUCUGUUCAGAGAUGAAGCUUUGCUGCUUGUGAUCUUCAUAUCCAACUGCACGGAAACUGUAAUAAAAGACGUUUCGGUGCAGCUGACCUGUGAGGAGCUGAAGACUGUGAGUUUGAGAGGGAACGUCGUGGACUGUCUGGAGGCCAGGAGUACAUCUGUGUGUCAUUAUGCUCUGCUGAUGGACGACCCUCACACUAACGUGUCCUUUACCGGGACCGUCUCUUAUCAAACACAACCGGGACACACAAACACACUCCCUUUCUCUGGGACACUGUCCACAGCAGACUUCAUCAGGCCUUUGGUUGUAACCACGGAGGAAUAUGGGAAACUCUGGCUGUCUCUGUCUCAUGACGUCAAACAGAAUCUGAAACUGCUCACAGAUGCCGGCGACCCGCUCAGAACCACCCUGAACGCUCUCAAAGACGCCCUACAGCUACAUGUAGUGGACAUCAUCGGCUCAGAGGGAAUCGUAGCAUGUCGGCUGCUCAGCGGCGCCCCCUGUCUCCUGCACUGCAGAGUGAACGGCACUGCUCUGGCCAUGUGGCUGCGCUCUCCUCAUCCUGCUCUCCCAGACUGCAUCCUGUACCACUGCCAGAGAGCGCUCACACACCACUGAAGACCCGCAAACUCCCCGCUGAAACUUCCAGGGAAGCUCCUUGACAAAAUGAUUUCAUGCAAUGACCGUUUGAAAGCAGUACCUGUGUACUGCUUGUCUUAUGCCCUGACUAAUAAUUUUAAUGAUAUAUAUUUUUUGUACACAGUUACUGAGCUGCAUUGUGUCACACUUAC